CCACCCUCAAACUUCAGAAAAACCAAACAAAGCAAACCAACAACAAGGUCACCUCUCUCUCUCUCUCUCUCUCUCUCUCUCUCUCUCUAGCAAAUCAGAGACAAUCAGGAUUAUAGGAUUCUCAAUCCUUGUAUGUGUUUUUUUGGAAAGAUAAGGACAGUCAUUAUGGGAAAUGCAGAGUCAAUGGAUGAAUCUCAAGAUAAUUUUUACCAACAAUCCCCUUAUUAUGCUGGGAGCUCAGUUGUGGAUAACAGCUAUCAUCAAUCCUCUUCUUAUGCUGGGAGUUUGGAUGAUACUACUAUUACUACCCAUAAUCAACACUCUUCUAAUGCUGGGAGAUCUGUGAAUACUCGCCAUCAGCAAUCUAAACACAUAGCUGACAAUUUCAGCUCAUUGGAUCAGGUUGUUUCUGCUCUCAGAGAAGCUGGUCUGGAAUCUUCAAAUUUGAUACUUGGUAUUGACUUCACCAAAAGCAAUGAGUGGACAGGCAAGCACUCGUUCCACAGGAAAAGCCUUCAUCGUAUUGGAAACACUCCUAAUCCGUAUGAGCAAGCAAUCUCCAUCAUUGGCCGUACUCUGUCUUCUUUUGAUGAAGAUAAUCUCAUACCGUGUUUUGGAUUUGGGGAUGCUUCUACACAUGAUCAUAAUGUGUUCAGCUUUUAUAAUGGUGAUAGAUUUUGUCAAGGUUUUGAGGAAGUACUUUCACGCUACAGACAGAUUGUUCCACACCUGAAAUUGUCAGGUCCAACAUCAUUUGCCCCUGUAAUUGAUGCAGCCAUUGACAUUGUGGAAAGGAACAAUGGUCAAUAUCAUGUUCUUGUCAUUAUUGCUGAUGGACAGGUUACUAGAAAUCCAGAUACACCACAUGGAAAGCAUAGUCCACAAGAACAAGCAACCAUUAAUUCUAUCAUUGCUGCAAGUCACUAUCCUCUCUCAAUUAUUUUGGUUGGAGUUGGAGAUGGACCAUGGGAUGAGAUGAAGAAUUUUGAUGAUAACAUUACUGGGCGCUUAUUUGAUAACUUUCAGUUUGUGAACUUCACAAAGAUCAUGUCUGAGAACACAGAAGCAUCAAAUAAGGAAGCAGAAUUUGCACUUGCUGCCCUAAUGGAAAUUCCAUUUCAGUACCGGGCAGCCCAAAAUAUACAACUUACCAAUAGAGACCCAGAUCAUUAUCAACAUAAAAGGCCUCUCCCUCCACCUAAGGAAGUAACAGAUUAUGAUAAUGCAGUCACAGCAAUUCCACACAUGACAAACUUUGAAUCAGUAGAACCAACAGCUCCAGAUGUUGUGGAACCAGUAUGCCCGAUUUGCCUAACGAACCCGAAGGAUAUGGCUUUUGGAUGCGGUCAUACGACUUGCAAGGAGUGUGGUGCGACUUUAUCAUCAUGCCCUAUUUGCAGGCAGCAAAUUACAACUCGCCUGAGAUUAUACACUUGAGCAAGAUUUCUUGUUGAUUUAUUAUGUAUCAUUAUAUUUCCACCAUUAAUGGUGGACAAUAGCAAUAUCCAUUAUAUCAUUUCUUAACAAUUCACCUUACGAAUGAGAUGUACAGAAAUGUUGUGUUUGUGUAACACUGCUUAAACAAAAUGCAUAGAAAAAAAUUUAGGUAAAUUUUACCCAAAUUAUGUUACUA